CGUCAGCUUCAAAAUUUACUUUAUGAAUUAGGACACCUGAAGGACUCCAUCCAAACCUGUUUGGAGUUCAGGUCUUUGCAUGAUGAAAUUGGUCUUAUUCCUAAAGAAGAGUAUCUUAAAACAAUCGACAGCUCAGACUCCUCUGUGUCGGAACACCAACAGACACUCAACCGUCUUUAUUGGGAAUUAAAACAGAGGAAAAAAUUAAACGAAAGCCUCAACGAAAUGUCAAGGUCGAUGGUGGAAGUCAAAGGUAAAAUAGCUGAAAAACAGGCUUACCUCGAAGGAAUUAGCGGAAAAUUAAAGGAAAUUCUUGAGGUUAGUUUGCUGGUAAUUCUCACUAACCUGUUAUAG